UAAAUGUUGGCGAGGUCAUGGCUUCCCUGGUACACGAUUUAUCCUGUCCGAUAUGUCUUCACAUCUACAACGAUCCUGUUAUCCUAACGUGCAGUCAUAGCUUUUGCAAAACCUGUUUGCAGAAAUUCUGGGAAACGAAAACCGCCAGGCAAUGUCCAGUUUGUGAAAGAAGGUGUUCCAAGAGCGACGACUUCGUACCGAACUUGGCUUUGAAGAACCUGUGCGACGCGUUCUCGAAAGAUGGCGACGCAGACAUUUACAGUGCACCUGCUGCUGGGCCCAAAGUGCACUGUAGUCAGCACAAGAAGAAACUCCGACUCUUCUGUCAUGAGGACCAAACACUUCUGUGUUUACUGUGUCGGGACUCAAAAUUGCAUAAAGGACAUAACUUUAGUCUCAUCGAAGAGGUCGUGGUGGAUCGCAAGGAUGAACUCGAGCUAAAAUUGAAGCCUCUUCAGGAAAAACUGACAGACCUCGGAAACCAUCAAGUCAGUUUUGAGAAAACGUCGCAGCAUAUUCAGUUUCAAGCGGAGCAAACUGAGGCCAUCAUCAAAGAGGAGUUUGAGAAGCUCCACCAGUUUCUAAGAGAUGAGGAGGCUGCCAAGAUAACUGUGCUGAGGACUGAAAAGAUACAGAAGAGCAAGAUAAUGAAGGACAAGAUUGAGAAGAUCAGUGAAGACAUUUUGUGUCUUUCAAAGAUAAUAAAAGACAUUGCGGAGCAGAUGGAAACUGAUGAUAUCUCAUUUCUGGAGAAUUACAAGACCAUUGCAGAAAGGGCCCAAUGUACACUGCAGAGCCCAGAGAUGCCUUCUGGAGCCCUCAUACAGGUGUCCCAGCACCUGGGGAACCUCAAGUUCAAAGUCUGGGAGAAGAUGCAGAACAUUGCCAAUUAUACUCCUGUGAUUUUGGACCCCAACACAGCUCACUGCCGGCUGUCUCUGACAAAUGACCUGACCACCGUGAGGUUCUCCGACACCUCUAUGGGCGGCCCUCCCGGUCCAGACAGGUUUGACUCCAGUGCUGUGGUGCUGGGCUCGGAGAGCUUCUGCUCAGGAGUGCACAGCUGGGACGUGAAGGUUGGGGAGAGCAGCAACUGGGCCCUGGGGGUGAUGGCUGCGUCCACACCAAGGAGAGGCAACAUCACCUCUGGAUCGGGCCUGUGGAGGAUCUGGUACUACAACGGACAGUACCGAGUCGGGUCCACACCGGGAGCACCCGUUCUCCUGACUGUGAAGCAGAAGCCGCAGAGGAUCCGAGUGCAGCUGGACUGGGAUUUGGGACAACUGUCCUUUUUUGAUCCUGUCCAUGACGUACACCUGCACACUAUUGAUUACACUUUCACUGAGAGAGUUUUUCCUUUCAUGAACGUCACAUGUGCAGUGUCUCCACUGAAAAUUAUGCCUUUGAAAAUGUCUGUCACAGUUCAGUAAUGUAGCACAAGCUAUGCAAAAUGUAGAAAUGUUUUAGCUGUAUCUUUGUUGUCAGCAUCUUUCUUUCAAACAGUCACAUUUUUAAUCUAAUUCCUCUAUUGUGUAUUUUAAUAUAAUCGUUCAGGGUUGUUUUUCUUUAUUCAUCUUUAACUUUAUUGCUAUGCUCUCAUUUACCUUUCUGGACACAUUCAACCCACAAUGACAUGAAUAUUAUAUCUAAUCGACCUUAAACAUCUGUACAACUGA